AUGGCUCGGCAUCAUCUCCAGCGUUUUGCAUCCCCGUCGCCCUCAGUCUCCUUGGUCAUCCACCUUGCUGGCGUCGCAACUCUGGCCAAGACGUUCCAGUUCUUGUUCGACUGGGACACGCCCUUGGCCGAGUCGCAUGGGUGGUACUUCCAGUUCCUGACCAUCAUUGGUCUGACGCUGUCUCUGUCCGUCUUUACGCUGGCUUCUGUCGCUGAUAUCACGGGGAGCACGGCAUUGUUCGACCUCAAGAAUUUCGUAUCCAUCGUCGCCACACCUCUCGAGGUCCUCGUGUCCACCUUGUACUGGGGCAUUUGCGCAAUUGACACUGCUCUAAUUGUCCCGCCUGGCUAUGAACUGCCGAUCUGGACAGACAUUGGCUUUCACCUGGCCCCUGCUGUGCUUUUGACUCUAGACUUGAUCUUGUUCAGUCCGCCGUGGACAAUCUCGGGCUACGCCGUCAUGUCGUUGAGCACCGCAUUCGCCUUUUCGUACUGGUACUGGGUUGAGAUGUGCUUUAGCAAAAAUGGCUGGUACCCCUACCCCAUGUUCGAGCUGCUUACUACUAGCCAGCGCGUUUUGCUCUUUACCGUCUCGGCUGGCCUUGUAACGGCCUUUUCUAGCAUUUUGAAAUGGGUCUAUGGUGUCGUCAAUGGCAAUGAGCAAGCUCGGAGAGAAGCCCUCAAACCCCUAAAAAGGGUUCAGUAA